AGAGGUUCGAAUUUAUAACCUUGUGCUUUAGUCUCCGAUCAUUACAUUGUUUUGAUAAGUUUUUUCCGGAAUAUAGUUGUUGCUCAGUAGCAAAGCAUGCAUUUAAUGAAAAAUGUCUAAUGGAGUAUUGAAUCGCAAUGUAACUAAAGACGAAUUUGGUGAAUCAAGCGACAUGACAAGCUAAAGGAGUCGACCGAUUACCACUUAACAUCUGCGUUUGUUGUAAGCUGAUAUCUUUGUAACCAAAAUAUAAUUUCGACAACAUCCAGUGCCAGAAAAAGCAGUUUUGAUACUUAAGAAUCCGAAUAGGUACCACUUUGGGUACGUCAACAGGUGCUAGAUUGAUAAGGGACAAAGAAACCUUAUCGUUUGUGAAGAAAACAAACUAAAAGGUGAUGAUGAAAUGUACGCUUGUCCUCGACUGUUUUACUUCAAUAUUUACCAAUUAUUUAACAAAUAAUUAAUGUCAAGCAGUUUAAUAUAUUAAUAAGCAGCGUGACGAGUUUCUACGUCAAUUAGAAGCCCCAAUCCUACAACAUGUCUAAUAGUUACAAAGAUGACACAUGCUGCAUUAAUGGCAGACACGACUAGACAGCUGUUGGAUCGACAAUUACAAAGGAGUAAAAGUGGUGCCGCAAUGGGUCCCAGUAUUUCUCUAUACAGUUGUAUGUACAGUGCUGACCGAACUCGUCGCUCUUCAGAUGGGCGCCAAUCGAGAUUCACUUUUAGACCUUCUACCUGUCGUUCUUCGAAUGGUGUCUAGA